CAAAUGACUGGGAACGUUCAAUUGAAUUAUUUUUGAAGAAGAAUGUCAUCCGGCGAAAGACCUGUUUUAUCAGCAUAUGAAUAUGCUGCUGCUGGUGCCAUUGCAGGUGCUGUUGAAGUAACUAUUCAACAGCCAGAAAUAGCUUGGAAAAAUGCUAUCCAAGACAAGAGACCUAUCAUGUUCCAUCCCAAGUUCUUUUAUAGAGGUCUCACCAUCAACAUUGCUUCCAUGGCGCCUUAUACAGCUGUACAGUUUGCAUUAAAUGGUAUGAUGACCAAGUGGUUGAGUAAAGGGGGUGAACGUCCUUUGGGUGACUGGGAAAAGCUGGGAAUUGCUGCAACUGCUGGUGGUUUGAGUGCUCUUAUUUCAGGCCCUGCAGAAUUGAUACUUAUACGUCAACAACGUCUGGGAAGUGCGUUGGUUCCAACGGCCAAAGAUAUUCUUAUUCGAAAAGAAAUUCUUCGAGGAUUUUCGUUGGCAUUUCUUAGGGACAGUAUUUAUGUAUGUGGCUAUUUAGGUUUGACACCACUAUGGAAAGAACAAUUAAUGAAAAGUUUUCCUGACAAGUUUGGGGAUAAACCAUUGGCUGCUUCGAUGGUUGCUAGUGUUGCAGCUGGUCUAGUAGCAGCAGUUGGUACGCAACCUUUUGAUACCAUCAAGACAAGAUACCAAGCAAUGAUGCCUCCUUUGGAUAAUUCGAAACAUUUUUCAUAUUCUUGGUUGUCUGUAUGUAAACAGAUGAAGGAUCAAGCUGGAAGUUGGCGGGUUUUGUACGAUGGAAUGAUUCCACGAGGCAUGCGAAUAGUUUUUGGAGUAUUUAUAUUAAGUGAAUGUCGAGAUGUGAUGGAGUCUUGGUUUGAGAAGAGAAAAAUGAAUAAAGUUGCAACGGUUUCCUAAUCAUAACAUUGAUAUACGCAAUGGAAUUAUAUCUUCCAU